UAUUGCAUGUUAAUUCUAAAAGGGCUAUAUAGGUUUGACACCUCCUUAGCAGAUUCAGUAGGUCUGAAGAACUUUGCUUAACAAGUCAUAUGUCUCAAGACUCCAUCAGUUCUUGAGGAUAUGUGUGACACCCUUGUUCUAAAGUGAAUCACUAGCUGCCUAAAGCUCCUGCUGCUAUGACUAUCUGAUGUAAUGGACCACACUCUGGAAUGAUGGACUUAGGUCCUGAGCAAAUAUUUGGAGCCCCCUGUCGAAAAUGUAAAGAGAAAUGUGAAGGAUUUGAACUACACUUCUGGAAGAAAACGUGUCGUAACUGCAAAUGUGGGCAAGAAGAGCAUGGCAUACUCCUGAGCACUGAGGAGGACAGGAAAGUGGGGAGAAUCAUUGAAGAUGGCAAGGACACCAACCAAAUUGCCAAGCUGAAGGCAGAUGAAAUUCCCAUGGACAAAACCAGUGAAACAGUAUUGAACAAACCAGAGCCUGAAAAGAAGGAUGAUUUCACUAAAACUGUUAGCUAUGAGUGGGUUCCCUCUGUCCAGAACAAGGCACUGACUAGGCAGUAUAUGCAGAUGCUGCCUAAGGAGAAGCAGCCAGUGUCAGGUUCAGAGGGAGCACAGUACCGGAAGAAGCAGCUGGCCAAGCAGCUCCCUGCACAUGACCAGGACCCUAAUAAGUGCCAUGAGUUGUCUCGAAAAGAAGCUAAGGAGAUGAGGCAGUUUGUGAAGAAAUAUAAGAAUGAAGCUCUGGGAGUGGGUGACGUGAGGCUUCCCUCUGAGAUGAAUGUUCAACAUUACAAGGGGCACAACCCUGCUACAGACAGAAACACCCCAACAGCAGUGGAUUUCAAAGACACAUCUAUGGAGCCUAAGAAGCCUCAAUAUUCCUGUUAUUCCUGCAAACACGCCGUGAAGGAAGGAAACCCAGCCAUCUUUGCUGAAAGGGCUGGCUAUGAUAAACUCUGGCACCCGGCUUGCUUUAUUUGCACCAUCUGUGGUGAAAUCCUGGUAGACAUGAUUUACUUCUGGAAGAAUGGGAAGCUGUAUUGUGGCAGACAUUACUGUGACAGUGAGAAGCCCCGUUGUGCUGGCUGUGAUGAGCUGAUAUUCAGCAAUGAAUAUACCCAAGCAGAAAACAAGAAUUGGCAUUUGAUACACUUUUGCUGCUUUCACUGCCACAAUGUCCUGGCAGGAAAAAUAUAUGUGAUGGUUGGAUCAAAACCUGUGUGCAAGUCCUGUUACAUGAAGAUCCAUGCUGUGGUGUGUCAAGGAUGCCACAAUGCCAUAGACCCAGAAGAGCAGAGAGUAAUCUACCAAAACUUCAGCUGGCAUGCAUCCACGGCAUGCUUCCUGUGCUCCUGUUGCAGCAAGUGUCUUCUUGGGAAGAAGUUCAUACGUGUAGAAGGGAUGAUUUUCUGUUCCAUAGAGUGUAAGAAUAUGAUGUCCUAAGAGGAGUGUACCAAGCAGUAUGGAGUGAUAACUUUCCACAGUGGCCUGCGUUUCUUGAUAAAUUUCAACUUGAAAAAAAAGGAAAAAUAAACGUAAACCUACAUAGCAAA